AUGAAUGAUGAUAAGAAAGAUUUUGUUGGUAGGGAUUUAUAUCAGUUAAUUAGAAAUGCAAAAGAUAAAAUAAAAAUCGAUUACAAAUUUUGGUACACGCAACCUGUUCCUAAAAUAAAUGACGAAUUUGAUGAGAAUGUUAACGAGCCAUUCAUAAGCGAUAACAAAGUAGAAGAUGUUAGAAAGGAGGAAUAUAAACUGCCCAGUGGCUAUGCGUGGUGCGUAUGCGAUAUAAGAAACGAAAAUGAUAGGAGCGAUAUUUACAACCUGUUGACAGAUAAUUAUGUAGAGGAUGACGAUAAUGUAUUUCGAUUUAAUUAUUCUUCUGAGUUUUUAUUAUGGGCUUUAAGUUCUCCUAAUUAUGAAAAAGAUUGGCAUAUAGGUGUAAAAUAUGAGUCAACAAAUAAAUUGGUAGGAUUUAUAAGUGCAAUACCUAUUGAUAUGUGUGUAAAUAAGAAUGUAAUAAAGAUGGCAGAAGUGAAUUUUUUAUGUGUUCAUAAAUCAUUAAGAUCUAAGAGAUUAGCUCCUGUAUUAAUAAAAGAAAUAACAAGAAGAAUUAAUUUACAAAAUAUAUGGCAAGCUAUAUAUACAGCAGGUGUAUAUUUGCCCAAGCCUGUUAGUACUGCUAGAUAUUUUCAUAGAUCAAUAAAUGUAAAGAAAUUAAUAGAAAUAGGUUUUUCAAGUUUAAAUACUAGAUUAACAAUGAGUAGAGCUAUAAAAUUAUAUAGAAUUGAUGAUACAUUAAAUAUAAAAAAUUUAAGACCAAUGAAAAAAAAAGAUAUUGAUGGAUUACAAAUAUUAUUGAAUGAUCAUUUAAAACAAUAUAAUUUACAUGCUAUAUUUUCAAAAGAAGAUGUAGCUCAUUGGUUUAUGCCUAUAGAUCAAGUUAUAUAUACAUAUGUAAAUGAAGAAGAUGGAAAUAUUAAAGAUUUAAUUUCUUUCUAUUCAUUACCAUCAAAAGUUCUAGGAAAUAAUAAAUAUAAUAUAUUAAAUGCAGCAUUCUCAUUUUAUAAUAUCACUACAACAACAACAUUCAAAAAUCUAAUGCAAGAUGCUAUAUGUCUAGCCAAAAGAAAUAAUUUUGAUGUUUUUAAUGCUCUAGAAGUAAUGCAUAAUUAUUCUGUCUUUCAAGAUUUAAAAUUUGGAGAAGGAGAUGGAUCAUUAAAAUAUUAUUUAUAUAAUUGGAAGUGUGCUUCAUGUGACCCUUCAAAAAUUGGUAUUGUUUUAUUAUAA